CCCAGUAGCAGACGACAGCUCCGAAGCAAAUUGUUGACAGCGUUACAAACCUGUGGAAUCAAGCCGCCAGCCGUCACCCAGGGAGAGCUAUGGAAAAUAAAAGAUAUAUUCAUUCUUUGCUCUUAUUAUUGACUUUUAUUGCCAAGGCGAGUGGUCUUGGAGAGGUCAUAUAUGCUGUGAAUGCAGGCGGUGAUGCGCACAUAGAUGUUUAUGGGGUCAGAUAUGAAAAAGACCCUCUAACGGGGAAGGUUGGAACAGCAUCGGAUUUCGGAAAGCAGCUGGUCAUUGGGAGAGUCCCGCCAGGAGAUCAG